AUGAAAAGAUUUGGUGCCUUGCUAUUCACGAGUACAUGUUCUCUCGGGGCUGGUUAUUACUUUGGUUAUCGUCAUCAGGAGGUUAAAAGGCCUUCACCAACAAUAUCAACAAGAUCGGAUCCAAUUAUAACAACAGCAACAAAUUUAAAGCCUCCUUCUUCACCUUUGCAACAAGAAAUUUCAUCUCCACAAGUUAAUGCUGGUGUUGAUCAGAGAGUAGAAUCUUUGGAAAAACAGGAAAUUUCAUCAACAGAUCAAAAGGAAGAAAAUAAUACAACAAGUACAAUCGAAACAAAUGAAAAGAAAAAGGUCACAACACUUGAGGAAAUUUAUCAAUAUUUGGAGAGUAAGAGUGAUGAUUCUAUUCAUUGGCCAAAAUAUAAUAUUCACUUGUUGAGUGAUGAUACAGAGGAGAAUAGAGAGGAUACUAUCAAAUUAUUUAAAACUUUUGAUGGAUUUGGAAUUCCGACUCAUGCUGGAGCUCUUCACUUAUUUUCACAUUUUAUUUCAGUUUCUGAUAGUAGAAUGAGGAUACCACUGUAUGUUGCCUGGUCGAUUCCACAUUUACAUGAUGGCAUGAAGGUAACAGCUGACAGAAAAUUCUCAAGAUUUACUAAAGGUUCAUUCUAUGAUAAUUUCACAGAUUUUAAUCCAAAUAAUCAGGAUUAUUUGGGAAGUGGAUAUUCAAGAGGACAUUUGGUAAAUUGUGGAGAUUUCAAUUUUUUCGAUCAAACCUCAAUGAAUAAUACUCACCUUCUCAUUCAUAACAUUGUUCCACAGGAUUUCAAGAAUAAUGCUGGAUAUUGGUUGAGAAUGGAAAGAUUUACAAGAUCAUUGGCCUAUGAUUUUGAUUCGGUUCACGUUAUUGCAGGUCCAGCAAUGAUUCCUGAAAUGUUCGAGAGAAAGGAGGUGAAUGGAAGGUUACAGACUCCAAAAGGUAUCAUGAAACAUCUUGUUGUUGGCAAGCAUCAAGUGGCAGUUCCAACACACUUGUUCAGAAUUAUUAUUGCUGAAAAACAUGUAGAUAAUCAACCUGAAUAUUAUGCUCAAGCAUUCCUUGUACCAAAUACAGAACUUGAAAAAACAGAUCUAUUGACCAAAUAUUCCAUUUCACUUCAAGAAUUGGAAAGUGUUACUGGUUUAAAGUUUUUAGACAAAUUGGCAAAGUCAGGCAAUAUGUUCCCACUUUGUAAACUUGAGUCUCGAAUUAAUGAGGAGACAAUUGGUAUUUCGAAUGAUAUUGCCGCUGACAAACCAUUGGAGCCAACCACUGAAAUUCCUACAGAGCCAACACUAAAUCUUAAUACCAACACUGUAAAGUAUGGAUGCGAUUGUAUUAGUGUGUUUCCUCCAUGGCAAGAUUUGGAUAUACAAGAAAUGUUGUGGAAGAAGAAUAUUACACAGAACGAGAUUGAAGAAAAGUGGAAUUAUCUUGUGGAAACAACAAAAUGGGCACCUUCAAAAGACAUUACCGAUAGAAAGAGGGCUAAAUUGGAAGAGCUCAAAAGAAAUGUCGACACCACUACCAAUAACUAAACUAAAUGUUUAUUUUAUUGAUC